AUAUUUUAUACAACUGGAAGUGUCUGCAGUGAUUUUAACUAUGACAGGUCUCUCAGUUUGGGUGUUCCUGCUUCUCACCUGCAACUUUUCUGCUUUUGCCGUUCCAGUGAAUUCACCAGUCAGUGAUGCUGACAUGAAUUUAGUGAAGAAAUACUUAAAAAACUUCUACCAAUCCAACGAUGAGAGAAGCCCUAAGAUCCGUAUGGAUGAAAAUGAAAUAUUGACUAAAAAUCUCAAAAAAAUGCAAGAAUUUUUUGGCCUGAAUGUGACUGGAAAGGCUGACCUGAAAACUUUGGCAAUGAUGAAGAAGCCCAGGUGUGGCGUACCUGACUUGGGGUCAUUUGUUCUUACAGAUGGCAAUCCUAAAUGGGAGAAAACCAGUAUUACCUACAGGAUUGUAAGCUACACUUCAGAUAUGCAUCCAUCUGAUACAGAUGAAGCCAUCAGAAAAGCAUUUGAAGUCUGGAGCAAUGUGUCACCUCUGACUUUCACAAGAAUCUAUGAUGAUGAAGCAGAUAUCAUGAUCUCUUUCAACACCAGAGACCAUGGUGAUAAUUCUCCUUUUGAUGGUCCCGAUGGAAUCCUGGCACAUGCUUUUCAACCAGGCAAAAACAUUGGGGGAGAUGCUCAUUUUGAUGAAGAAGAAUUUUGGACAAAAGAUGGCCCAAGAGGCCGCAACCUGUUUCUUGUUGCUGCUCAUGAGUUUGGCCAUUCGUUGGGUCUGUCUCAUUCCACGGAUAUUGGGGCCUUGAUGUAUCCUACCUACUCCUACACAGCGCCAAAAUUAUUUCGUCUUCCGCAGGAUGAUAUCAAUGGCAUUCAAGCAAUCUAUGGAAAAACAGACAGCUCAAUACAGCCAACAGGGCCCUCUACACCAGAAGCGUGUUCUGCUAAGACUACUUUUGAUGCUGUUACCACCAUGCGUGGAGAAUAUUUGUUCUUUAAAGGCAGGCAUUUCUGGCGUAAACAUCCUCAGGUGUCCUAUGUGGAUCUGUAUUUCAUUUCUCUUUUCUGGCCAACUCUGCCUUCCAAUAUUGAUGCUGCUUAUGAGAACUUUGUGCAAGAUAACAUUUUCCUUUUUAAAGGAAACAGAUAUUGGGUUGUAAGUGGAUAUGAUAUAAUUGCCCAGGCUCAAAGCAUUUACAGAUUGGGAUUACCAAGAAAUGUGAAGAAAAUUGAUGCUGUAUUCAGUGAUCCAGAAGCUGGGAAGACCUAUUUUUUCAUUGGGAACAAGUAUUGGAGAUACAAUGAAAUGGAAAAAAGCAUGGAAAAAGGAUACCCCAGAAAUAUAGCCCAAGAUUUUAAAGGGAUUAAACCCAGAAUUGAUGCUGCUUUGUACGACAAUGGAUAUAUCUAUUUUUUCCAAGGAACAAAAGUGUUUCAGUUUGACCCUAAAGAUCAAAGAAUUGUUCGGCCUAUUCGAAGAAGCAAUUCUUGGCUGAAUUGUAUGAAACAUAUUUUGCUUUUAUUUUGGUGUACUGCAUUUUCUUAUGGACUCCCCAUCCUUUCAGAGAAGAGAAGCGAAGGACAAAAUGAACAGCUUGCACAGGCAUAUAUCAAUCAGUUUUAUGAGCAAAAAGCUGAUCCAGGGCAGCGAGGCUGGAAGAUAAAUAAUUUAUCCUUUGUGGAUAAAAUCAAACAAAUGCAAAACUUUUUUAGAUUGAAUGUAACAGGAAAGGUUGAUGCUGAGACUCUAGAAGUUAUGCAACAACCACGAUGUGGUGUUCCUGAUAUUGGACAAUAUGUCCUGGCUCUUCCUGGAUGGAGAAAAACCAAGCUCACAUACAGAAUUAUGAAUUACACACCUGACAUGAGGAGAGCUGAUGUGGAUGCCUCCAUCAAGAAGGCUUUUGAAGUUUGGAGUAAGGUGACGCCUUUGACUUUCAACAGGAUUCACAGAGGGAGAGCGGACAUCAUGAUAGAGUUUGCAACAAGAGUGCAUGGCCGCUGCCCACGGCAAUUUGAUGGACCCCUUGGUGUCCUCGGCCAUGCUUUCCCUCCCAGUCAUUAUUUCCGUGGAAAUGUGCAUUUUGAUGAAGAUGAAACUUGGGUAGCCAGUUUGUAUGAGCAGAGAAGAUCUAGAAAUUAUCCUGUUGCUCCAGCAGAUGAUGUCAGGACUCCUGUUUUGAAAAAAAACCCAAAGCUGCAUUCUUCUGCUGUUCCUCUCCCUUACUCCACCAUUAGACCAUCACAAAAUCCUUCCAAUGAACCAGUGAAGCCAACAGUACCAAAAGCUUGUGAUCCUAAGCUAAAUUUUGAUGCCAUCACUACCUUCCGAAGAGAAGUGAUAUUUUUUAAGGGAAGGAACAUCUGGAGAGUGUAUCCUACUAGCUCUGAAGUGGACAUGGAAUCAAUUUCUACUUUGUCGCCUCUGCUGCCAUCUGGAAUCCAGGCAGCUUAUGAAAAUAUGAAUGAUCAGGUUUUUUUCUUUAAAGGUAAUAAAUUCUGGAUGAUUAGUGGGCUUCAAAUGCAGCCUGGCUAUCCCCAGCCCAUUGACAAGUUGGGAUUCCCAACAAACACUGAGAAAAUCGAUGCUGCUGUUUUUGAUAAAGAUACUAGAAAAACCUAUUUCUUUGUUGGUAACCAUUACUGGAGGUAUGAUGAAAAUACUCAGUCCAUGGAUGAGGAUUAUCCAAGGAAUAUAAGGGAUGAUUUUCCUGCAAUUGACGAGAAGAUUGAUGCUGCCUUCCAGCUCAAUGGAUUCUUCUAUUUUUUCCAUGGGUCCAAGCAGUGGGAAUUUGAUCCGAAGACUAAACGAGUGAUUGGUGUAAUGAAGAGCAACAGUUGGCUUAAUUGCUAGAAAUUGUCUUAAAACACAAUUCCUGUAAGAGGAAAAUAGUAUACAAAUGAUUCUGUUAUACAGCUAUGAAUUGUUAUAUAUCACAGAUAAUACCUUUGGGAAGCAAAAAUUCAGAGGAUCACUAGAUGGCAGUAAAGAAAUAUUGAAAAUUAGCUUUUUGCUGUCCUCAGGAUGGUUGCAAAACUGUUACGUGCUCCUGUUUACUUAUAAAAUGUGAUCAUUUUUUUAAACAUCUGUAUUUAUUCAAUGCAUAUAAAGCUUUAACAAGACAUUUAGCUGCUUAUAAAGAAUGUUUGCAUUUUCUGCUGUGAUUUGUGCACAGUAUGCAUGUUUGAUAUCUAAUAAGCAACACUAACUUCUGAGAUAUGUAUUGGCUGGGGAAUAUGUGCAAGAUUGCCAAUGUAAUGCUAUGCAUUCUGAAAUAGAUUUGCCAUUUUACAGAAAACACCGUUUGCUUUUAAAAUAAGACAAGAAAAUAAUAAAAACAAAGUGUUAUAUUAGAAAAUGUUUUUCAUAUUAAAUGCAAGAUGCAGAAGUUACAUUUAGAAAAAUAUUACGUAAUAAAGUUGGGUUGAAGGUUCUGAGUAGAUGUAAUGCAGGAAACCCACCCUUCAGAUAAACAGUCAUGUU